GUUCAAGUAUGUUAUGAACCGAAGAUUUACCAAAAGAGGCAAAUGCAGAGGAAUCAUAAUCAUAACAGUUAGCAUACGCAUUACUAUUUCCUGAAACAAGCAAAUGCAAUCUGACAUUGGAAACAGAAUUGAAGAGGAGUCAGAAAAAAGGUGGUGGUGUUGAGAAAACGAAAAGAGAGACUGAAGAGAGGAUAAGUUCCUCUCUCGGUAACAGAAAUCGAAGAACCCUUUUGAUCAGUUUGUUUGGAGGAAAAGAUGAGUAGGGGAACUAUAGAAGAUGUGGCAAUUAUAGGAGGAUUGGUUGGAGUCCAAUUUAUCUAUGCAGGGAAUGCUGUGUUCAUGGGUUAUGCAUUAUCAUUAGGCUUCAGCUCUCUCACCAUUAUCAUUUUGACUUCUUUGGCUACAUUCCUUGUUCUGUUCCCCGUUUCAUUUUUCUUUGAAAGGUUCUUUCUCUCUGCUUCCAACUUCUAUAUAAAUCAUAAAAAGGCUUCUGCUUUUUUGCUUGGAUUGAAUUUCUUGAAGAUUAAUUUAUGUUGCAUCUAUUGCAGGAGCAAGUGGCCGAAGAAUUGUGAUUUCAAGUUGAUUAAACAGCUAUUGUGUCUAUCGUUUGGAGGACUGUUGUUCCAGUAUUUAUUCCUCAAGGGACUCGAUCUAACUUCGCCAGCAAUGGGAACUGCUAUGCCAAACAUUGCCCCAGGUCUUAUCUUCAUCAUUGCAUGGAUUUCUGGGUUAGAGAAAGUGAACUUAAACAAUCAGUAUAGCAAAGUAAAAAUCAUGGGAACAUUGCUUUGUGUCUUGGGAGCUCUCACAAUGAGUAUAAUGCAAAGCAUUUCGACUGGUGCACCCGAGCAAAAGACUCCAUCAGGUUUUGUCUUCAACACACAAAAGAUGAUCGGUUGCUUCUAUCUCGUGGUUGCAGUCGUGAUUUUGUCGAGCAACGUCGUUCUGCAGGCUUUUACUCUUGGAGAUUUUCCGGCACCGAUGUCCUUGGGUGCAAUAACGUCCUUGUUGAGCGCAUUCAUGACUGCAACCGUUCAGGUGCUUGAAAAACACAGGCUGAAAACUGGGCGGCUACUUCUGAGGUCUGGAAAUUUAAUUGGCUAUUUUAUUAUGGCAGGUGCUGUGAGUGGAAUAUGCCUGAGUUUCAACGGGUGGGCACUGAAGAAAAAAGGGCCAGUUUUUGUCUCCAUGUUCAGCCCCAUUGGUACAGUGUGCUCUGUCAUUUUCGCGGUUAUUAAACUUGGAGAAAGUAUGAGUGCCGGAAGUCUUGGAGGCAUGUUUCUCAUGUUCACUGGACUCUACUUGGUUCUCUGGGCCAAAGGGGAAGAAGGACUGCCAAAUGGAGAUAGCUUAGAGAGUGAGUUUGACAUAGAGAGGCCUCUUUUGUGUUAACGUGUUUUUCAAAUGACAACUUGUAAAAUGUACUUGUCUCAUCCCACUAGAAGCAGAGCAAAAAAACGAGGUUUGGUUAAGUCGGUUGAGAUAAUAACAAUGAAUUGCUUUAACGUGGUUAAUAUAA